AUGGGCUCAGCCGACACAACUGAUAUGUCAUAUGACGCAGAGAAGAAUGAGACAACACCUCUGCAACCAGGAGUUGCCGAGACAGCCUACUCGGGAAAAGCUGCCGAUCAAAUUGCCGAAGUUGACACUGACAGAAUCCUUCCACCGAAGAAUCAGACCCCCAAGGGUGGAUAUGUGCACUUGGAUGUGACCAGAAUAGUAUGUGUCUUCUUGGUUGCCAUCGAUCAUGGCGAUGGCAAAUACUCCGAGUGGAAUGUAAUCUGGGACCAGCAAUGGACUCUGCAAUGGAUUGUGCUAGUUUGCGGCAUUGCCUUCUGCUUGUCCAGCAAGCCCCUUCUCAAUUUCCUCCUUCGCCUGGGCCUGUACGUGGCCAUUGGCAUUGUGGUAAACUGGGCUGCCUGGAUCGGCCUCGGCAUGGACUGGAAGCACGACUUCUUCAACGUGAUUUUCCAGAUGUGGUUUGUCAUUGGUUUGAUGCUGUAUUGCGUCAUCCUGAACCCUUUGCGAUCCUACUUGGCGGAAGACACGAAAAACCUGGAAGAACACGCAAAGGAAAAGGGGCCCUAUACCUCCUCGUGGCUUGGGGCGCCGCCAGAGGAGGGUAUGUUCAAUAGCAUCCUUAUGAUGCUCUUUGUGGUCAUUGCCAUCGGCAUUGUGUGCGCGGUUUUCUUACCGAUGAUCGUCAACCCUUUUCUUGCACCUGCGAUCCUCAACGCUUCGAAGACGCUGGGCGGCGCCGGAAAUGUUUGGGGUCUGCCUAGCACAUAUCAAGAGGCGGAGGACUUCGUAGCUUGCCUCUGCCGCUACGCCUUCCUCACAUUAUCAAACUUGUUCCUCAUGAGGGCGAUUCGUUCAACCAACAUCAAGCCCAGUUUCAUCCCGUGGGUGAUGCUGGCGAACUCCGCCGUAAAUCGAUCCGGCUUCUAUAGAGGCCCGGAAGAGAGACCAUUCCACUUGCUGGACCUGAUGAUCUUGAGCAUGGUCUCGUACGCUUAUGGAGUCAGAUAUCGGAAAAUCGUGGGUGACUACUUUUGCCGGUAUUGGUUUCUCGUGCUUAUUGCCUUUGCGCUAACGUGGCCGCCAUCUCUUCAUGUACGACUCGACGUGCAUCCCACUCAUGAUCUCAUCUUGAGAUCCAAAGCCGAAAUCAUGGAGACGAUCUGCAUCCUUGCUUGGCUGUGUGCCUCCGACCGUUUCUUCCCUAGAGAGAUCUUCACAGAAGACAGACUCGGAUUUCUCAACGACUGGGCCUUGCUGCUCUUCCUUGUCCACAAGGCCGUGCACAUGAUCUUUGGAUUACCGCUUUCCUGGUUCGUACUGAUUGGACUGAUGCCAGUCGCCUGGGUUUUCAGGUCUGAAUUCCUUUGUGCGCGUGCUGAAACGGCAGAAACGUCUGGAGGCUUCCAGCCCUACAGGAUGUUCUAUUGGCAAACGGAUGCACAGGGGAGGACCACGGUCCUGCAUGACCGUGCCAAAGGUUGGCCGGGGCUUUGCCCGGGCCCUGACUCCUACAUCUGCUUUCCGGAAAGCUUCCAACGGCCAAAGGUCCAUGGUGCGGAAGAGAGGAUCAUGGAGCUCAUGCGCAUUCCAGACACAGACUUUGACCUCGAUGGCAUCGGGACAUGCUGGGAGGACUACUUCGCCACUCGUGGAAUGGCACCCCAAAACCGAGCUGCGUGCACUGGCGCUCUCUCGGUGCCUCUGACGAUCUUGCAUGCCAUCCGGAGCUUCAACAUGGAGCUGGGCGAUGAGGAGUUGUGCAUCGACCUUCCGGGGAGUCGGAUCCUGGAGCUGACGGACAUGGAGCUUGUGUACGAGGAGCUGGGCCGUGCACUGCCCGAGAGCGGUGCGACGCUGCGCUUGAUCGGUCCAGAGCUGGGCCGGGAGCUUCCUCUUGGCUCCGAGCUUGAGAUUGGCAACAUGCGCCUCACUUUUCAUAGGACGAUGUACCAGGACUUCCUGACUUCUGCGGGGCCGCCAGACCUUGCGGUCGCAUUCCACGCAGGCAUCCAGGAAUAUGCGAGCUGGCAUCCCGCCCUACGCGCGCUCGUGCAGCUGCGGGUGCCAACCGCCAUCACAAGCUACAGCUUGUCGGAUGCUGCGGGCGGUCUUUGGGAGAUGCGACGGCGUGGAACACAUCCUUCCAUGCGUUUUCAAGGGGUCAACCCUUUCGCCUGCAGCGAGCGGCUUGCUGUUGACGAGGCACUGGGAGCCUUGGGCCUUUUACCAGACAGCCUUGAUGCUCAACGUCUCCAGUGGCUCCAAUCGCAGACGACGCGCGCAGGAGGGCUCUUGGAGUUGGCUGCAGCCUUCCAGGCGCAGGGACACGGCUUGGCCAAAGAAGCCGAAGCCGUGAGCAUUAACAGCUGGUGGUGCUGGUUAGGCAAUGGCGGGUAUGACUGCGACUUCCGUGGCGUGCUGCUGGCCUGGUUGUGCACACAGACACGAGUGGCUGCGCUGAACAGAUGGCUGACCUUGUGCCAGGGCAACCAGAAUGGCAUUACUGUGCAGGCCUUUGUGAUGCUGGGUGCUUUUGUCGCAUGGAGUGCAGACGUAGGUCCUCCCAUCAUCUUGCCCAGCCUUACACAUGUAGGCUUUCGCAUGCUGUAUGGUGCAGGCUGCGCAGUGCACGUGAUGAAAAGCCUUGUGGGCAUCAAAGUAAACAAGCUUUACAACUUUGGCCUCUAUGCCGAGGGUUCGCAGGAACUCAGCAUCUCUCGAUGUAGAGAUUGGUGCUAUUCCAGCAUCAGCUGUGAGUACUGGCAGUACUCCAAGAACGAUGGUUGCUGGGCCGGGACCUCAAGCGCUGCGUGGGAAGAGGGAGCCAACAGCAUGAUCGCUGGGGAGUACAUCACGCAUUACUGCCCGCCGGAGCAGGCCCCCAUUCCAAUUGUUGCAGGCAGCUCGGCGAGCAGCUUCGUCGUUGAUCGCAAGCCUGCCUCGUCGGGUCCCAAUCCAACGGCCCGAAGCUCAGACGUCCUCUUUCUUUCGCUGCUGCUGGUGGCAGCGGCCAUAGGAGGAUUGGCCUACUACUGCUUCCUUGUGGGAGACAUCCAGUUCGCAAUGCAAACGGCACUGCCAGCCUUGGACAUAGCAGGAUCCAUUCGAGGAGGCAGCCAAGCAUCACAGGCAUCUUCCCGGCCGACCACGUCGCGGUCCCGGCGCAGCCACGGCAGCAAAGGCAGUGCCAAGGCAGCGGAAGCUGCGAGGGUCGAGGCUGGCCCGCCCGAGGAGGGGCCUCGACCAGCAACCAGCCCGGGCAGCGUUCAUAACUAUGGCUGGGACCGAGAUGUCACCAAGCGGUUCAAAGAGCUCGGGCAACGCGACAACGUCGGCAUCUUGAUGGGCAGUGCUCCUCACUGGUCCGGCGCACCGGAAGCCUUGAAAAUUCUCCAGGCUACGGCGCCCGCCGCGAACUUCGACUCGACUAUGAGGUCCACUCACACCUUUGAGAUUGCCGUUACGCCACGGGACCUGUUGCACAUCGCGAACAACAGGCGCCGUGAUGUCAUGACCGAAUUUCAGCAAGUACUUCGUGUGCAAGAACCGAUGCUGCGCAAACUGAGAAGGCUGUAG